UGGAAUAUCUUAGGUGCUGAGAUCGCCUUCUGGAGUGACGGAAGCAACUUCUUCAUCGGAGAGAAGGAUUUGUCGAGGAGCAAGAUGACUCUGGCUACCUUUUACAUUGUGUUGCCCUUAAUGGAAGUGCUCUUCUCGGCUGAAGUGAGUGGGCUGCUUGGAGGAGACCAUCUGGAUUGUGUGAAAGCCAGCGACCAGUGUCUCAGGGAGCAGAGCUGCAGCACUAAAUACAGGACACUGAGGCAGUGUGUAGCUGGCAAAGAGAGCAACUUCAGCCGGGCAGCAGGCCUGGAAGCAAAGGACGAGUGCAAAAGCGCCAUGGAGGCACUCAAGCAGAAAUCCCUCUAUAAUUGCCGCUGCAAAAGAGGCAUGAAAAGGGAGAAAAACUGUCUGCGUAUUUACUGGAGCAUGUACCAAAGCUUACAGGGAAAUGAUUUGCUUGAAGAAUCACCUUACGAACCAGUGAACAGCAGGUUAAUGGACAUAUUCAGGCUAGCACCAAUUGUAUCAGCGGAGCCUGUCAUCUCAAAAGGGAACAACUGUCUGGAUGCAGCAAAAGCUUGUAACCUGAACGAUACCUGCAAGAAAUAUCGAUCGGCAUACAUAACACCCUGUACCUACAGUGUGUCUAAUGAAAUCUGCAACAAGCGAAAGUGUCACAAAGCCCUAAGGCAGUUUUUUGACAAAGUUCCCCCCAAGCAUAGUUAUGGAAUGCUCUUCUGUUCCUGCCGAGAUACUGCAUGUACAGAACGAAGACGACAGACGAUUGUUCCUGCGUGUUCUUAUGAGGACAGAGAGAAACCAAACUGCCUGAAUUUACAAGAUAUUUGCAAGACGAAUUACAUUUGCAGAUCUCGUCUUGCAGACUUUUUCACAAACUGCCAGCCUGAAUCACUGUCCGUUAGUAGCUGCCUGAAAGAAAACUAUGCUGACUGCCUCCUUGCUUACUCAGGACUUAUUGGCACAGUUAUGACACCAAAUUAUUUAAAUUAUAAUAAUCUCAGUGUUGCACCGUGGUGUGAUUGCAGCAGCAGUGGCAAUGAUAUAGAAGAAUGUCUGAAGUUUCUGAAUUUCUUCCAGGAUAAUUCAUGCCUUAAAAGUGCAAUUCAGGCUUUUGGCAAUGGUACAGAUGUGAAUGUGUGGCAACCAUUCCUACCUGUCCAAACCACGACAGCUUUAACUACAACAGCAUACAGAUCAAAGACUUAUGAGUCUGAUAAUUCCAACAAUGAAAUACCUACUAAUAAUGAUUUACCAGCUUGUGCCAACAUCAAGGGACCAAAGCAGAGUUUCAAUGAAUCUAUAAUAACGGAACCCUGUGUGACUGGGAAUGCAAUUGGGAAGGAAAGUGUGGCAGGAGGCUCCACCAGUCACAUAUCUUCUGAUCAUUCAUCUUCUCUCCGUGUAAGCAUAAGGUCAAGCACCCUUCUUUUGCUGUCUCUGAUUGCACUCUCAUUCUGUUGGUGCCCACGUUCAGAAGAAACCUUGUAUCUGCUUUAACAAAAGGACCCAUCAAAAGAAAGAAAGAAAAUCUGUCUAUCCUCCAUCCUCCUCUGUUGUUGAUUGUAAAUUACAGUUCUAGGAAUUAAGUUGAAAUGCUCUGCUAAAAAAAAUAAGACUGGAUCAAUGUUGUUCUCAUUAUCAUCAUAUUAUAUCGUUACUAUUAUUUUCUAUUUUCAAAGAAAGAUUCUUAGAUGCUUUGCAUAGAUGGGACACCCACAUUCCAAACAGAGUAGAGUUUGAACAGGCAGUGUUUGAAAAGAGACGGAUAAUUUGCAUGUAAACCAUUCAAGUUUUAUUCUUUUGUCUCUUCCUCAUUGUCCCCCCCCUUUUUAAAAAAAAAAAAAACCUGGACCAGGAAGAAAUAAACUUGACUCUUCAAGUUCUAGUUUUUUGUAUUUGUUGCCCAGGAAUUUUUCCUUUGCCAAACCCAUUAAAAUGAAUGGGACCUACUGUACACCAUCAUAUGGUGAUUGUAGGUUUCAAUUAGUUCAACCUUGCUCAGAUGGAAUUUGGAGACAAACCGUGGUUUCCAAAUAUUUGGAAACAUUGCCAGAAUGGUUAAUAAUUUAAUAAUUUAUUCCUGAUAAAUUGGGACCCAGUUUAGAAAUGUUUGAAAUGUAUGUAUUGAAAGCCUAGAUAUUGGACCGCAUUACAAGAUUUUUUCAUUGCUCUCUUUGUAGAUAAGAGACUAUAGAGCAGGCAAAGAAAAACCUGCAUAAAUUGCCACUUGGCAGAUUUGGGCCUUUUAAAUUGAAAAACAGUAAGUUAAACAUAUUUUGAGUCGGUUGUGGAUCUGGCUAUGCGAUGAACAUGCUAUGCUCUUCCUGAAAGUUUUUUUUAUAUAUAUUUAACUUAUUCAUGUUUGGCUACCAGUAUUUUGCUGUUUUAGCAUUCUCUUCUAUG